ACGGUGAGCAGCGAAAACGAGCGAUCUCAACGCAUGCUCGCCCAAAACGUCGAGAAACAGCAAACUGGACUGACGUGGUUUUGCAGCUCACGGCGUUCGAAAUACUGUGGUGUCUUGCAUAAAAAAAUAUAUGGAAAAAAAAUAUUUUUAAUUGAAGUGCCCUAAACAAAGGUUAAAGCAAUGUUUUGAAAUGUUUCGUGCGUUUUCUGUGAGAUCAAAAAAGUUCAACUCUUUUGAUGCGAAUGUCAUUCUACAGUACGCGCCGUCAAUAUUUUUUCAUAAUUUUGCUGCUUGUGUGCUUUGGUAAAUUUGCAAGUAGUUUUGGCAGAAACGUAUUCAGCUGCACUUUCAAAUUGUGGUGUUUCAUUAUAUAAAGUUUCCUGAAUCAUAAAAUUCGUGCAUCGGCAUGAGUGUGUGGCGUAGUGCGUAAAGCGAAAGUUAUUAAAAUAAAAAAAAAAAACAUCCCACGAGAAGUUUUAUUUCCCGAAAUUCCACUUAAUGUCGCCACCGCCUGUAAUGAUAAUAAGUGUUCAAGUCAAGCACUUAAAUUUAAAGUUCACCUAAAAAACCAGAAACCUUUUUGGCUCAGAUCAUCUCAAUAUUUUGAAAUUUGUAUUCAUUUGCAAAUUUAACGAAAACACUUCACCUAAUCAACGCUGGGUGCGUGUUUCAAAUUUGUAAUUUUCUUGCAGUAAUAAAAUAAAAUAAGCGAACGCCAAAACGAUAAAUAUAACACAAGUGAAAUUGGUGAGAUUUGUGUGCCGAUAUUGUGGCACCGGCGAGCAGAGUUGCAGAAAAAAUUCACAAAGAGUGUUCAAUUUGUAAUGAGUUUCGUUACAGUGUAAUUCAAUUUUAAACUAUUCUGUAUUCGCACAACUACAUAGUUAGCGUUUUUUUUUUUGGUCUGGCUUUGUUUUUGAACAACUGGAUAUUGCUCGACUUUCGACAGUACUUGUGUGGAUUCCAUUAAGCGAGUGCACAAGCGUGAACGCACUGAAGAGCUCUUAACCCGAGUAGAAUACAAAAAAUCUGUUUUCAGCCUGCAACGCCAAAACACACAAAUGCACAAACUACUCGUACAUAUCUCCACAUCUAUGUCACAAUGAAGAGUAUUAUUUCUCACUUUUAUAGUAAUUAUGGCUUUAGUUUUAUUUAUGUGAUACUAGUUUAUACAACAUCUGCGCACAGUGUACCGUCUUGCGGCUUAUAUGGAGCGCCACCAUGCCAAUUCGUACCAGCACCGCCGGGACAAACACCAUCUUGUGCUCGACCGGGCAGAACCUACUGCGAACACGUGGACAAUUAUCCAACUUACCUCAUCAAACAUCUCGUUCACAAAUGGGGUUAUGAGGCCAAAAACUUGCUCAUCGAUGAGUCUUGGGAUGAAUUCACGGCACUGACGUGGCACGAAACGCCCGUCUUCUACGAUCCAGCUUUUAUCUUCUCAAGUCAUCGACCGUAUAAUGGCGGCGGCAAUGCAGGACUUGGUAGCGGUGACGACUUUAAUGGAUACAAGUACGGUACUCCAGGUGGUAGUAGUGCGAAUAGUGGGCGAAAUACUGGCAGAGUCGGAGCGGGUGCUUCCAGCAAUACUGAAAAUACAUUCAUCAUAACAAAAUCGCAAACUACAGAAACUCCUACAUUUCUGUUUUACACUUCCGCUGGCCAACGGCUCAAUAAAAAUCAAGUGAGCAGCUUUAAUCUAGGCAGCAGCAGCGGAGCGCCCGGCAGCGCGAACAAAGUUUCGUCAAAUAGCCCAGCGUUUUGGCUAAAACGCAUUUCACGCAACGUUGACGGUAUGGUGGGCGUAGAAGUGGGCGGGAAUUUUACCGCAGCGUUGUCAUCAUUCGAACUAGAAGGGGCACCAGCCACCGUUAACCGUGCGAAACGCAGCAUUACUUCAUCAUCUCAAACUAGUUCAUCCUCAUCGAAACUGUCUCGCGACGUUUCACUCAAUAUGGAUCUCUUGGACAUCGUCGGUGCCGACAAAGGCGCCAAAACGCGAACUAAACGACAAAGCCCCGGUAGGGAAACGCUCUGUAAAACCACCUCACAAUUUAUUACACCUCAAGCGGCCCUCAAUAAUAAAGGGAACUGGAUGUUUGUGGUAAAUGAGCCAAGCACAGCGCGACAAAUGGUGAAGGCAGAAUUAUGCGCCUCAAACACCUGCUCGAAUCUGUGCCAAUUGCCCAAUGGUUAUAACUCCAGAUGCGAACAGAAAUACGUGCAGAAGCGGCUGAUUGCACUGCAGGCCAACGGUCAGAAUCUAUACACAGACUCAUUUUGGUUUCCGAGCUGUUGCAUUUGCACGAUAGCUGCAAAUUGAGCGAAGUGGGGCGAUGGAUGCAGCGGGUGGUUAGCGGUUGACUGGCGGCGGAACGGUAAAAAGCAAUGUAUUUAGAGCGUAAAUUUAUUUGCAUUCAUUUAACUCAUUGUUAUCGAGACUUUAAAGUAAUUUAUAUUGAAUUUAUAAGCAAAACCAGAUGUAUGAAAAAUCCACACUACAUAUGUAUGUAGCAUAAAAUGUUUUUUAUUAAAAAAA